AUGUUGACGUUAAGAAGGGUGUUGUUGAUAAAUAGAAAACUAAUUGUUAAACAAAGUACGGUGAAAUUGACGGUUCACCGUACCAGCGCACUAGGAAAUAAUUGUUACCAGUUUCAUCUGUCACGGUCAUUAUACAAUGAAUCAUCGUCAUCAUUAGCCAAAAUUAGUCGGCGUGGAUUGCUCAGGAUAAAUAAUAGCAUUUUAAAUAAAACACCUCACCGAUAUAUUUCACCGACAGUCGCCUUAUUGAUAAGACCGCUCACGAGAAUUGGCGCACUGUUGUUUGGAAGAUUCUUCAGAAAAUGGUGGGCCAAGAAAACUUCAGAGGAAAAGAAAUUGUAUAUAGACUGGGUCUCGAAGCAACGGCAAAAAAUAUACGGGGCCCUAGGAUUUUUUAUGGCGAGUCUUUUUAUGUUCUACAUAAUGAAUAUUGAGGUUGAUCCAUUAACUGGAAGAUCCAGAUUUAUUAUUAUGACUUCCAAUCAACAAAAAGUCCUCGGAAGACUUACUUUUGAAAAUUAUUUGGAGAACUUUAAAGACUUUAUAGUACCUACCACGCAUCCAGCGUACAAAAGAUUAUUAAGAGUAGUAAAUAGAAUAUUAGAAGCUAAUCAAGAUUUACCUCAAAUUAAAGAAAGAGAGUGGACGUUAUCUGUAAUUGAUAAGGAUGAUCCAAACGCUUAUGUCUUACCAGGUGGAAAUAUUUUUGUUCACAUAGGAGCAUUAAAAUUAACUGAAAAUGAUGAUCAACUGGCUAUUAUAAUAGCUCACGAGGUCGCUCAUGUUCUUCUACAACAUCCUAUUGAACAGAUUUCUAGAAAUCUACUCCAAGAUAUUUUGAUGGCUGUACCCAUCGCUGUAGUAUGGGCACUGUUUCCUGAUCUAUUGGCAUUGUUACUCCAAGCACUUGGAAUAAAUAUGUUUGAUAUCCUCGUAACGUACCCAUACAGCAGAAAGCUAGAAAAUGAAGCUGAUAACAUCGGACUGCAGUUGGCUGCCAAAGCUUGUUAUGAUGUGCGACACGCUGUUGUACUGUGGGGAAUAAUGAGGACGCUUGCGGAAUUAAACAUAAAACCUGAAGUUGUUCCUUGGCUCAAUACGCAUCCUAAUCAUGAGGACCGAGAGAAAAAUUUAACCAAACAAUUACCUCUAGCGAUUGCCACCAGACAGCAGUCAGGAUGUCCAAUACUGAAUCCAGCUGAUCCAAUAAAAUACUUUAAUUCGCUGAGUCUUAAAGAGCGAGAAAUAAAAAUGGAACGAAGAGGUUUCGUGCAAUCAAAGAUACUGUUAUAA